GUUUGUAUCUUUUUAUCCUUAUAUCCUUGUGCAUGGUAGCUUGUUUUCUGCUAGAAGUCUAUGCAGAGGCAGUGCAUCAACCUAUUUUUGUGAAGUAAUUGGAAACCACUCGGAUGCAGCAAAUAUCCCCAGGAGCUCUGUGCAGAGGUUGGGGGUUAAGUUUCUAGAGUGGCUGUCGAGGUGUUGCGGAGAAGCUCUGACACUUGUCUCAUUUGUGCACAUAAAUCUGGCAUCCUAGUGCAUAGUUGGCUAGAUUUUAGAGGCUUUUUUACUAGGGCACACUCCCCGUCGUGAAUUAUAUUUUUAAUACCUUUUGAGCUUCUUUUGGUCCUAAGCAAGUUAGAUGUCAUCCUAAGUAGGACCUUCUGAAUAGCAUGCCCCCAGCGUAGUCGUACCUGGUCCUUUUAUACUGGCUUAACUCAAGAAUGAUUGUAGCUUUUAGCUGUACAUGUGGUGUGUGCUCAUUGGUCGCAGUAUCAACCGUUAUCUGGGUUGUAUUCCUUAUUAGGACCUGCAGGGGUUGAUGAGCUUUUGGGCAAUAAUUGGUAUGUCUGGUACGCGAGCCCAACAGAGGAGGCUUCCUCUGUGGGUUUGCAAGUCGAGGCUUCACCUACCUCAUUUAAUGCAGGACGAGAUCGUGCAUAGUUUUCCCGUGUUGGUUUGAGGGGUACAGUGAAGGCGGCAUCCUUCAGUUCACUUGUAAUAUUCUCAUUGGGCGGUGGAAAUAGGUUUCCACAUAGUGCCAAGUGCUUAAACUAAAAGGCCAUAAUGGAGAAAUUAAUUGGAAACAAGAAUGCAGGCUUAUUAAGGUUAGUGGAGGAGAGAUCGUUGACCAAGAAAUUAGAGGAAGAGAAAAAACAGUGGCCAGAAGCACAAGCCCCUUACCUCCAUAAAGAUUGUGUAUCAAAUAUCCUUGUGCGACUUCCUCUCGACUCUCUUCAAAGGUCAAGGUUUGUCUGCAAGCCUUGGUAUAACAUAAUUAAAAACCCCAAAUUCAUUGAUGCUCAUCUCCAUCGUUCUGAAUCUGUUUUGAUCUUUCUAUCACCAAUUCCAAAGCACAGUUUGUACCCUUAUUCUAAGGCUUCUAUACCACGAGAAAACCCAAACACUGUCUCGGUUGAACUAAAACUUCUUCAUCCAAACCCUAUCCCCAUUUUUGGCCACCCUCUCAUAAACUCUCCAAUGUAUUCUAUCCAGUUUCUGGACUUCAAAAAUGAUAAGAGUGAGAUAGGAGAGUACAAUUUAAAAUGCUCGGGCAAGAUCAGAGCCACCUGCAAUGGUCUAAUUUUGCUUGAUAACAUGGUGAAGAAAGGAGGACUGGCAGUCAUGAAUCCUGUGACGAGGAAGCUGAUUGCACUUCCUCUGGGUACUUUAUCUCAUCCACAUCGUGAAUCCUAUGGUUUUAUACUGAAUGAUGUUACGGGUGAAUACAAAGUAGUCCACUUGUUUUGGGAUGAGUUGGGGUUUGACAGCUGUGAGAUUUUGAGUCUUUGGACACAAGCAUGGAGAGAGGUAAUUGGCCCUCCAUUCAGGCUUCUUCGUUGGUUUGGAUAUGAACCUGUUUCAGCCAUUGGAGGUCUUCACUGGAUUCCUGAAGUUGACCGCAGCGAUUACAUUGUAUCUAUGGAAGUGGAUAAGGAGAAGUUUCACCAAAUACCGCUCCCAAAACCCAGCCGAACUCAUGACAGGAUCCUGGAAAUGGGUGGCCUUUUGAGUUUUGUCAUUCAUGAAGACGUGAACCAUAUCGACAUUUGGAUCUUGAAAGGUUUGUGUGGGGAAGUCUGGACAAAGAAUCACAGUAUCACGGUGGGUUCGGUCAUAGACAUGGUUCCUCUUUUCAGUUUAAGAAUCAAGGGAGAUAUUAUUUUCCAGAGAGACGAAGAUGGCUCGUUGUAUGCUUAUAGUUUUCGAGACCAAGAGAUGAGGAAGGUCGACAUGGUAAAUGGAUGUAUCCGGCGGUCUUACAUGCCUCAUGUCAACACCCUCGUUUCAUGGAGGAAAGCAAGUCAGGACAUGUCUGAUGAUUGAUCUUUGCGUCAACUCCAUCUAUUUUUUCUGUUAAAUGAAGGGUUAAACAAUUCAAAAAUUGAUCUUACAAUCUUAUAUUUGGUAAACUUUUCGUUUUACAAAUACAAAAAACGAGUGUAAAAUGCA